AUGCAGGAGAACUACGAGAUAGUGACCUCACUGGGGUUUCCCAUUCCCAAACCUGAGCUGAUCGCCCGGCUGGAACAAGGGGAAGAGCCGUGGGUGCCCGAUCUCGAGGCCUUGGAGGAAAGAGAGAUCUCAAGAGGCACCUGCACAGGUGAUGAGAGAGUGAGUGAGGAGGAGGGGAAUCAUCAUGAGCACAUUCUUAGGGAAAUGGAACCACAGGGGACCUUUGUGGGAAGACCUGAAGGGAAUUUUUCCCGGUGCUUGGAAGAGAGAGAAGCCUGUGGAAAUUGGCACAGGUCAGAGAGGCUGCUGGGAAACCACCCAAAGAAGAAAGUGGAUGAACCCAUUCAAUGUUGGGGAGGAGAUAAGGAUCCCACAGACCAGCAAACAAAUCCCAAGGAAGAGAAACCCUAUCAGUGCCUCGAAUGUGGGAAAGGAUUAAUUCUGAGAUCACAGUUUGUGACACAUCAGACAAUCCAUACUGGAGAGAAACCCCUUCAAUGCUUGGACCGUGGAGAAACCUUCAAUAACCGCUCAGACCUCAAUAAUCAUGGGAGAAGCCACUCGGGAGAGAAACCCUAUCAAUCUCUCGAAUGCAGGAAAUGUUUGGAUUGGAAGUCAGUUCUAAGUACACACCUGAUAAACCAAACACGAGAGAGACCCCACAAAUGCUUAGACUGUGGAAAAAGUUUCAUACAGAGGUCAGACCUUGUUAAACAUCAGGGAAUCCACACAGGAGAGAGACCCUAUAAGUGUUUGAACUGUGGGAAAAGUUUCACAUGGAGAUCAGCCCUUGUUCAGCAUCAGGCAAUCCAUACAGGAAAAAGACCACAUAAGUGCUUAGACUGUGGGAAAAGUUUCAUACAGAGCUCAGACCUUGUUAAACAUCAGGCAGUCCACACCAGAGAGAGACCCCAUAAGUGCUUGGACUGUGAGAAAAGUUUUAUACGUAGGUCAGACCUUGUUAAACAUCAGGCAAUGCACACAGGUGAAAGACCCCAUAAAUGCUUGGACUGUGAGAAAAGUUUCAUACAGAGAUCAGACCUUGUUAAACAUCAGGCAGUCCAUACAGGAGAGAGACCCCUUAAGUGCUUAGACUGUGGAAAAAGUUUCAGAGACAGAUCAGCCCUUUUAAAACAUCAGGCCAUCCACACAGGAGAGAGACCCCAUAAGUGCUUAGACUGUGGAAAAAGUUUCAUAUGGAGGUCAGACCUUGUUAAACAUCAAGCAUUCCACACAGGCGAGCGACACCAUAAGUGCGUGGACUGUGGGAAAAGUUUCAUAAGGCGGUCAGACCUUGUUAAGCAUCAGGCAAUCCACACAGGGGAGAGACCCCAUAAGUGCUUGGACUGUGGGAAAAGUUUCAUACGUAGGUCAGACCUUGUUAAACAUCAGUCAAUCCACACAGGAGAGAGACCCCAUAAGUGCUUGGACUGUGGGAAAAGUUUCCUACAGAGGUCAGACCUUGUUAAACAUCAGGUAAUCCACACGGGAGACAGACCCCAAAAGUGCUUGGACUGUGGGAAAAGUUUCAGAAAUACAUCAGCCCUUGUUAAACAUCAGGCAAUCCACACAGGAGAGAGCCCUCAUAAGUGCUUAGACUGUGGGAAAAGUUUUGUAUGGAGGUCAGACCUUGUUAAACAUCAGGCAAUCCACACAGGAGAGAGACCCCAUAAGUGCUUGGACUGUGGAAAAAGAUUCAUACGGAGGUCAGACCUUAUUAAACAUCAGGCAAUCCACACAGGAGAGAGACCCCAUAAGUGCUUAGACUGUGGGAAAAAUUUCACACAGAGAUCAUAUCUUAUAACACAUCAGAGGAUCCACACAGGCGAGAGACCUCAUAAUUGCUUGGAUUGUCAGAAAAGUUUCACAAACAGGUCAGCCCUUGUUAGACAUCAGGCAAUCCACACAGGAGAGAGA